AUGGUAGCAAGGGAAGGGGCGAGAGCCGAACAAGUGCUUAAGGUCCUGUGUGGUGUUUCAUGGGUGGUAGUGGGCGGUUACGGAGUCGCCUUGUGUUACCGUUUUGGGGUAUUCAGAAAGAUCCUUCCAAAAUCCACUGCAACUGCCAUUGAAGGCGUGGUUGAAAAGAUAAAAGCGAAAACAGAACCCCUUGGAGACGCUCGGCGCUACGUCAUUGCGCGUCGUCAUCUCAUACAUGUGUAUUCGCUAUCAUCGUUGGGAAUAGUGUUUGCAGCCAUGGGUGGGACCACCUUUUUUGUGUUUCCAAAAGUUCCAAUUGCUAUUCCGAUAGCGUUUGCUUUGUUGCCCUCCACACUGCUUCUCUUUCUACCAAAAACCAUGAUGCUUCACAUGGGGCGCGUCGCUUCCUUGCUUACAUCUUGUUUUGCGUUUGGAUAUUCCUUUGGGCCGAUUGGAUGGGUCGUGUGGGAUUCUCUUGAUGCAUUUCUCACGGUGAUGGUGAGUACAAUGGCUGGUCUCUGCGUGCCGUUGUUUCUGACGCGUGGAAUGAUUAGUUUUGUCUUGAGCUCUCAAUUGCUUUCAUGCACACUCUCCUUGGCUGCCGUAACCACACCACUGCUGUUUGAGAUUGGGGCGAGCUCUUCUGCUUCAUCUCCCGUGCCGUUUCCGGUAACCAACUUGCCACCCGGCAGUAAUCUGGAGAUGCUGCGUCGUGCCGACGUGAAUGUUCUACUUUCACUUCAACUUCUCUCUAAUUUGGGGAUUAAUCUUCUGCAUACACUACCUACCAUUGUUUACUUUGUGCGAUGGAGAGGGAGUGAGGAAGAGCUCUUGGAUUCUGUUGACCCUUUGAAGGAAAGCAUGUGCAUCUGCGCCGGCGCAGCAUAUGUACUGUGGAGGAGUUUUUCCUGGGCAUGCCGUCGACUUGUUCUUACUGUUGCCAAAGAUGACACGAAAGACACUUCAAGGGAACUUCAGAAGCAGCGUGGGCACUUUGCAAACCUGUCUUUUUACACGCAACACGUAAGCGGUGUAGGAGCAUCUUUGCUCCUUUUUCUGUGGUACGUUCGGGCAGUUUCGGCACUGCAACGCGGGGAAACGGUGGCGACACUUGAGAUGCUUCGACGCGUGUGUGCGCAGGUGUCUCCUGUUAGCUUAAUUAUAAGAAACAUGUGA